AUGGUGAAGCUUGACGUGUCACUGCUGCGCUUCCUCGACGACGAGGACUUCCGCGUCCUCACGGCGCUCGAGAUGGCGAUGCGCAACCACGACGUGGCGCCCACCGCCCUCGUCGAGCGCAUCGCACAGCUCCCACACGGCGGCUGCCGCAAGCGGCUGCAGAACCUCCUCAAGCAUAAGAUGAUCCACCACGAGAACACAAUGUACGACGGCUUCGCGAUGAAGUACGGGGCCUACGACUACUUAGCCCUGCGCACACUCAGCAGGCGCGGCAGCGUCGCCGGCGUUGGCCACCGCAUCGGCUGCGGCAAGGAGUCUGAUAUCAUUCUCGUGCAGGACGAUGCCGGUCGCGAGUGCGUGUUGAAGCUGCAGCGGCUGGGGCGGUGCAGCUUCCGCACCGUCUCGCGCAACCGCGACUACAAGGGCGGCGGCCGCGCGCGGCACGGCGAGAGUUGGUUCUACCUCUCGCGCCUCGCAUCGCAGAAGGAGUACGCCUUCAUGCAGGCGCUCUACGACGAGGGCUUGCCGGUGCCGAAGCCGAUCGACCAAAACCGCCACGCGCUGCUGAUGGAGCUGGUGGCGGGCACGACACUCAACAACAUCACCGCCCUCGGCGACGCGGCGCUGGUGUACCGCCGCUGCCUCGAUCUGAUGCUGAAGCUCGCGGAGCACGGACUCGUGCACGGCGACUUCAACGAGUUCAACCUCAUGAUCACGGAGGAGAUGCGCGUCGUUGUCAUUGACUUCCCGCAGAUGGUGUCGUUGAACCACCCCAACGCGGCGGAGCUCUUCAACCGCGACGUGGAGAACCUCGCGAACUUCUUCCACCGCCGCUUCAAAGUGACAACGCUCUUCUACCCGACGAUCGAGAAGGACGUGGUGCGCAAGGCGGAUUUGGACCGCCGCGUGUUUGCGAGUGGCUGCUUCUCCAGCAAGCAGCAGCAGGACCUCGAGCAUCUUCUGGAGGGACAGUCGACACGCAACAACGAAGGAGAAUGUGAAGCUGAAAGUGAGGAGGAUGACAUUGAAGAGGCAUCUGCUGCUGUUUCCGCCGACGGUCCAAUGGAGGAGUUGUCAGUGGAGAGGCGCACCCCCCCUUGUGGUGCGCAGCCGUGUGGCAGCGGUGCCACUGAAGGGCAGAAGGCAGGGGAGGAACAACAACAACAAGAGGAGGAGGAGGAGGAAGAUGGUGACGAUACGAGUGAGGACGGAACGGGUAGUGAAGCGCGGUCACUGGACGAAGCCGUGGGCGAGGCAGCCAUUCAGCGGCGGCUGCAGAGACAGGAGCAGCAGCAGCAGAACGCCAACUUCGCGCAGGACGGCACCAUCAACGAGGCGUACGUGCGGUCGCAGUUGCGGCGCGAUAUUCGGCGCAAAGACAACCAGCAGUUCUACCAGGGCCUCCACCGCAACGUGCAGAAGGGGCGGCAGAAGCAGAAGAUACGCCGCCAAGUGAAACAGGCGUUGGGGACUGGCUUCUUUGACUGA